GGGAAACUUAAUAGAAAGCCGUAAACAAUGUUCUGGAAUGUAUGGGAGAAAUAAGGUUAACAAGAAGCCGUCAUCUAUUGAGGUUUUAUUUAGUAAGACUCAAAAGGAAUAUGAAGGAGUCUAUAUUGUUAUAUUUGAAUGGGAAGAUAUAAGAUAUUUUGGAAAAAAAUUACCAAAUAAUAAGACGGUUUUUAUAUGUGAUGAAUAUGCUAUAUCGAAUGGAUUAUGUGAAGAAAAAGAUAAUAAUUCAUUUCUUGUAAAUACAGAAAUGAAGAAUAUACCGACGAUUUUUAUGAAGAAGAUUGAUAUUAAGAAUACAACGAGAGUAAAAUAUGAUGUAAAAUAUACAGGGUAUUAUUGUGUUGGUUUGAUACCAAUACCAUUUUCUAAAUAUUAUGCUACAAUUAAUUGGAAUAAUUAUUAUGGUAAACUUCCAGCGCCAGAAUAUCCUAAAUUGGUUAUGUAUGGUUUUCUUUCAGGAAUAUAUUUGUUUAUUGGAAUUUUUUGGGGAAUUUUGUGUAUUAAACAUAGAAAAAAUAUUCUUUCAGUUCAAAAAUAUAUUACAGGUAUUAUUAUUAUUCUUAUAAUUGAAAUGAUGGUGUUAUGGGGAUAUUAUAAAUAUGUGAAUAUUAAUGGAUAUGAUUCUGGGUCUUUUAUUUAUCUUUCAGCCAUUGCACUUAUCACAGCAACUCGUAGUUCAUUAUCAUUUUUUAUACUUCUUAUUGUUUCUAUGGGUUAUAGUAUAGUCAAACCAACUUUGGGACCUACAAUGAUAAAAUGCAAAUUAUUAGCGGUAUUUCAUUUUCUAUUUUCUGCUAUUAAUAUAAUAGUAUCGUCUUUUUAUCAUUGGAUAAAUUUUCUCCCAAUUAUAAUUACAUCAUUAUCUUUAUCAACUCUUACAUUUAUCACAUUUUAUUUAUGGACAAUAUUUUCUUUAAAUCAAACUAUAAUUGAUUUGGAUCAUCGUAAACAAUACACUAAAGGUUUUAUAUAUAAGAAAUUGCGGAUAUCCUUAGUUUUUACUAUUAUUUUAAUAAGUAUUUACACUAUUAUUAAGUCUAUAUUUAUUUAUCGUGAAAAUCUUAAAUUAUUUGCACCAUUAUAUUGGAGAAUUAGAUCGCUUGUAUUAUAUGGUUUUCUAGAUAUAUUAUAUUUAAUUGUUUUUAUUACAAUUAUUGUUUUAUGGAGACCUGCUAUUAGUAAUAUCAGACUUGCUAUAAGUGAUGAAGUUGUUCAAGAUGAUGAUUUUGAAGUUGAUGAUUUAGAUUUUAGUGGAACUGGAAAUUCUUCUCCAAAUAGUUCAAAUAAAGCAUCUCAGGAAUUUUUCAAUGAUAUUAAAAAGCCAUCAAAUAAAAUGAAAAAGAAUUCUACCGCAUCUGAACGUAUGUUUUCCAUUGAUGAUGGACAGUUUCAUGAAACAAAUGAAGAAAAAGUAAAUUUAAAAUAAAUUAUUUUAAUACUUUUUCAAGAUUAUAGUUAUAAAAAGCAUGU